GCCUUGCCAUUAAACUGGCUCUUCCGGUAUCUUCACGAUCCCACUCAGCUCAGCUGUCAUUCUUAUUUGCAAACAAAGAUCCCGUGCUCGGAUGUUUGCAGCUCCACCGCCCGUCCACCCCGUUUGUCACUUGAAUCUUGCCGUCAUCGGUUAAAAUGGGAGAAAACGGCGACACCGAGAUCAUAGAGCAUCAUGUUGACGAGGAGAUGGAGAAAAAGAGGAUAUUAAGAAGCCAUGGUUCUUCGUUCAUGGAGAGUGUUACACCGUCGGAGAGGGAUGGACACAGUAGUACGCAGUCUUCCCACAGGCUACUGGCGUACAGUGAUGCGCUCAUCUCAAUCAUAGCCACUGUUAUGAUAUUACCUGUUGCACAUACAAAGGUCCAAGAUAACGAGGAAUUGAAGGAGAGUCUGCAGGUUCUGCUCACCACCAAGAUAGCUGUGUACCUGAUGACCUUCCUCAUAGUGACCGUAGCAUGGGCUGCUCAUAUCAGGUUAUUUCAAGUCAUUGAACGUAUUGAUGACUGCCUUGCACUUCUCAACCUAGCUUGUAUGAUGCUUAUCACCUUUCUACCGUACACAUUCUCCCUCAUGGCGACGUUUCCUGAGAACAUCUUGGGAAUCCUCCUGUUCUGUGCCUGUGUCAUGGUGUUAGGCUUCAUUCAGGCUGUUAUAGUGGUGUACGGCUUCAGCCGCCCGUUCCUGCUCAACGACCAGAUCCAGGUGUCGGAGAACCAGGUGUUCUAUAAACAUCACAUCCUGAAGGUCAUCAUGAGGGUCCCCAUCAUGUGCUUCUUCGCUAGUAUCUUCUCAUUCAUCUUCUUUCAGAUAUCCUAUGUGAUCCUAGCCAUCGUAAUCUUCCUGCCUUACAUCUCUCAGUCUCUAAAAUGGUGCCGCAGCAAAGCAAUCGGCCAGGUGGAGGAGACGCCAGAUUCCAUGAUGUUCUAUACGUACCAUCCAAACGAACCCCUCAGCAAGGAGAGGGUGGAGGCCUUCAGCGAUGGCGUGUUCGCCAUCGUAGCUACUCUACUCAUCUUAGAUAUAUGUGAGGACAAUGUACCCGACCCAGUGAUGGUCCAGAAACAGUAUGGUGGGAGUCUGGUGGCGGCCCUGCAGAACUAUGGUCCAGAGUACCUGGCCUAUUUUGGCUCCUUCGCUACCGUGGCUCUCCUCUGGUUCGUCCAUCACUCUCUCUUCCUUCACGUCACCAGGACCACUCGUUUCAUGGGCCUCCUCAACACCUUCUCUCUGGCCUUCGUAGGGGGCCUGCCCUUGGCCUACCAGCUGACCCACGAGUUCCCCCGUAACUCCCGCAACGAGCUGGAGGCCAUCCAGAUCAGCUGCGUCAUCAUCUUCUUUGCCGGCGUCUUCCAGCUCGCCAUCUGGGUGGCGGCGUUGUUCAGCGAACGCGAGACGCUACACCCUUAUGUGCGUUACGGCGGCCGCGAGCACGCCUUCAUGUUGGCCAAGCUGGCGCUGUACCCGUGCGUGGCCCUCGGGACCUUCUUCCUCACCUGUAUUCUCAGUAAGUUCAGCGCGUCCAUUUUCCACCUGAUGGAGAUUACGGUGCCGUUUGCUUUCCUGUUGCUGAGGCUGCUGGUCAGAGGCGGGCUGGCGCUGCUGCGCCUCAUAUUCUGCCCCGAUGGGCCGGAGACGAGGAGUGCUCUGGAGGAAGAGGAGGAAGAGGAGGCUAGGAUGCCCUUCAAUACCAUGAUCACUUAGUGGUUGUCAUCUAGCUAGAUGGUCAAUUUGCUCUGGGUCUGUAUUCACAAAUGUUGCCUAGUAGGAGUGCUGAUCUAGGCUCAGUUUUGACAUUUAUAUCAUAAUGUGUAUAUAAUGAAUAAGAUUAUAUGGACGAGUGGGUAGCUGAUCCUAGAUCAGCUUUGUGAAUACAGGCUCUGGACUGGGGACGUGGUCUGUCGGACAGAUGUACAGUAGCUACAGCUCGUCUUGACCUCUGAGGUUGAUUCCAUUUGAACUGCACAUUCAGUUUGUAUUGAUGAGUAAUUUUCUUUUCAAAUUGGUUUAUGUAAGUCAAGUUUAAAUGUCAAGUGAAAUGGAAUGGAAUUGGUCCCACGGUAAGCUGGUAGUUUAAGGGAAAUGGCACUGAACCAGAGAAGUGGAGAGUACAACCAAUGUAAUUGACAGCCCUCCAUUUUUAUCUGACUUCUUGAAUAAUGGUUUAUUGUUUACCGUUGAGAAUCUAGUCUGUUUGUGCCAACAUUAUAUUCCAAACAUGUUUGGCCUGACAAGGCACAGGGGUCGUGUUAAGAGUUCAGAAAUCUGCAUUUUAAACCAUUUCACCUGCGUUUUUAAUAUUGAAAGUCAAGUUUCUGUUGUUUGCUUCAAUAGAGUGAUCAGGGGCGUGCAGGUAUAGUUUUCCUUCACAGGAAAUACAUUAGUGCAACACAUUCACAAAACAGCUUCAUUUUCAUCAGAUGACAACAGAAGUGCAAACGCUAUUUGGCUAGCAGUCACUCAAGUAAAUGAGCUUACAAUUAAAAAGCAAGGUAUUUGUUUUUGCUAAAACGAUGCAUGGCCAUCCGAUUUCAGUUUAUCACGGAAAGAAUGUAGCCAGCUCCUAAUGUUUUUCUUAAAGUUAAUCAUUGUACCGGAGAAGAGUACGCUACACAGUCAGAGCGCUGUCUUCUGAUAAAAUGUCCGCUGGUGAAUUCUCAUCCAAGUGGAGAAGUGCAACUGAAGGACAAAAUUAGUCUGAUUCUCGAGCAGAAAUUACAAUAAGAAGCAUUUUAGAACUGCGUUUCCAAAACGCAACAAGAUAUUUCUCAUUAAAAAGUAUAUAUAUAUUUUAAAGUCAGUUUAGAACAAAUUCUUAUUUACUCAUGCGUUUUAAAAUACAUUUUUUUGCGUUGUGGUGAACAACGCAGAAUUCUGCAUUAACGUGACCCCUGAGUCAAAGGAGUGAAAUGUUACCACAGACUGAAUUUCAGGCUAGUUAAUUUUGGGGUUUCAUUCAUUCUGAAUAUUCAUGUCCACUUCCCAACAUGCAGAUAAACAUGGUAGUCCUCAUGUGCACUGCCCGUCCAACAUUCACUCACUGCUCAUAUUGACCGAGUAUAAAUUCUACAAAUAGUUUUUUCCCCUUCCUAUAACAUGAAACAGUGGGUGAACAGCAUGAAUCUGACCAACAGGGUAACUUCACUUUUCUUCAGUUCAGAAUACUAUAAUAACCGUCCACAGGAAUGUACUCUCAAUGUGUUGUUGGGUCAGCUCAUAAUAUUGCAAAUCCCUAUGCUGGGCAUACACUACAAUACUUCUAAAAUCUUAACUUGCAAUUGUUUACAUUUCCCGUUUGUUUUCCCCCCCCCCCCCCCCCCUCGUCACAAAUCUUUAAUUCCGUCCAUGUUCAGCCCCGGGACGUGGGUGCUCACGUUACACUGUGAUUCCCUACUUGAUCCUACCCAGUGUUUUCUCCGUUGUCAUAGAAAUAAAAUGUCAUAACACAAACAGCUGUUUUAUUGGAGUGAAGAAACCGAUGGAGGCGCAGAAUAAGGACUAUAUUAAAUAAUGACAUGAAAUUGGUGGAGUUUAUUUUGCAUGGCCCCGGUGCGUGGAGAUUUCACGUUAAGGACCAUUGGGGGAAAAGAAUUGCAACGCUGUUCAUCGGGCCAUGUAACACCAACUCACCCAUUUGAAAAGGCAGCUGUGUUCUUUCCACAGCUCCACCAAUCAGACUCCCAUCACCUCGGUCCACACCGGGCGUGUUGUUGCGUCUCUCUUCACCGUCUCUUUAGGUCUCAUUGGCAUCAGACCCCUUGCCCAAUCGCGUCGUACACCACUGCUCAUACUACAAGAUGCACGACCAACAUUUUAAGACAUGUCAGAAAAUGUAAAAUCGGGAAAGCCGACAAAAGGUCUGGGGAACGGAAGAGCCGACAUCCGUUGUGUCCUUGACCUCUCAAACGACCAGAAUCCCGACGUACUGAUGAUCCUAACCCAAGUUCAUAGGAAAUGUGUAGCUUAUGCCUGGCAUUAGCUGAAAAAGGUCCCAUUUUGUUAUGAUUUAGUAGCAUUCGUUCUGCUCAGGCUAGGUUACAUUUGUGUUUUACAUUUUUAAAUGAAGUAAAAAAAUAUAUAUGUAUAUGUUGUGCUUCAUGAAUAGCCAUUUCUCAUCUGUCCAGACAAUAUGCUGUACUCCUCAGAGUAGAUUCAUUUCAGAUUUUUUUUUACAUUACUGGGCCAUGUAAAAUCAAACCAUAUAGUAUGACAUACAAUGAAAUGACCAAGACAUGGUUACAGACAGUGAUUUAUUUAAUAUAGAUGUGCAAUGUAAAACAUGUUUUUUUUCUUUCGCAAUAUUCUGGAUGUGACGUAUUUUCCCCCCUAUAAAAAGGUCAGAGAUCACUGUUAUUGCUGCAAUACUGUUUUGUGAUGUUGAAAAAGCACUUUAAUUCAGAAUGCCUCAGUGUUGUCUGCUUUUAGAGCUCAAAUAAGGGAACUAAUGUCUUGCGUAAUUGGUCAGCUGCUUGAAGUUCUGGGUCCAUGCGUGUUUUAAAAUGAGCUGAACUGCAACGAGAAGCUCCACCCUCUCUCUUUGCAAAGCUACUGCUGCUCGUCCCCCCCCCCCCCCCCCAUUCCACAGUACCAGUUAUGUUUACGUACAUCUGUCCCAAGAGAUUAAGCUAUACAAGUGCCGUGUCAAUCACUGCAAGUCCUUUUUAAAAUAAUCAAUAAACUGCUUUAAAAAAAAAAA